AUGCCCACCACCGCGACGGCAGCCGCCUGCUUGAGGAGGAACGGCGGCUGCUGGUUCCUCAACACCUCCACCUGCCUGGUGGGGUGGCCCAACCUGCCCACCGAGCCCGAGGUACGACGGUACUAUCAGCUGGAGCUGGCAUGGUACCUGCACAUGCUGCUCAAGCCGGUGCUGCGGUACGGCCUGCCAGACGGGCGCGACAUGCUCAUCCACCACGCCGCCUCCCUCACCCUCAUCGUCAUCUCUUACGUCACCAACCUGACGCGGCUCGGCACCGUGGUGCUGGGCACUUUUGCCAUGAGCAACCCGCUGCUGCACCUGGCCAAGAUCUGCAACCAGCUGAGCCUGGGGCCCCUGAAGAUCGGCGGCUUCAUGAUCUUCGCCCUCAUCUUCUUCCUCUCCCGCAUCCUGCUGGUGCCCUGGGCGGUGCUCAAGGUCACCUGGCUGGACUGCAGGCACGAGGUGCCAUAUGCUGUGGAGGACUUUUGGGCCAUCCACCUCGUGUACAGCCUGCUGCUCACCCUGCUGUACGCCAUGCAGCUGCUGUGGAUGCGCGGCAUCCUGCGCGUGCUCAGGAGCGCCCUGCAGCACGGCAGCGACGCGGCGUCGCACAUGAGCGCCCGCAUCGACCCCGCCAAGCGUUACAAGGUGGGGGCAGACCCCGGGGCGCCGCCGGUACGUGGCGCAGCUGCCGCGCAGCACGGCGGCAGCAAUGGAGCAGCCAACGGGGCGCUUCCCAGGACGCCUUCGCCGCCAGAUCCGCCCACGCUGCCCAAGGGCAGCAACGGCGGCGAGGGCGCUACCGGGCGCAAGAACAGAUGA